CAGUUGGAGGCAGGAGCGUUGGAUUAGACUCAGAGAAAACGGGAUGAUGAUGGUUGGACAGAGAAACACAGCAAGCGACUGAUAUAAACGCACGUGACGGACACACACACACACACACACGCACACAUACGACUGUUACAACAUGGGGGCGGUUGUCGGAACACUGAGCUUACAGACGAGACAGCGACGACCAUCAAGAGCAACAAUGUUCGGAUCUACAAACCAUGAUAGGGUGUGUGAUGAUCUGGAGCUGUCUGUGGUGUGUCAUCGUCCAGAGGCUUUGGACCUGCUGGAGGCUCAAUCAAACUUCAACAGGAAAGAGCUGCAAGUGCUGUACAGAGGCUUUAAAAACGAAUGUCCCAGUGGCGUGGUCAACGAGGAGACGUUCAAACAGAUCUACUCGCAGUUCUUUCCUCACGGGGACGCCAGCACAUACGCACAUUACCUGUUCAACGCCUUUGACUCUUCCCAAAGCGGAUCAAUCAAAUUUGAGGACUUUGUAACGGCUCUGUCCAUCUUGUUGAGAGGAACAACAACAGAGAAGUUACAGUGGACCUUCAACCUGUACGACAUUAACAAAGAUGGUUACAUUAAUAAAGAGGAGAUGACCGAUAUAGUGAAAGCCAUAUAUGACAUGAUGGGCCGCUUCACGUAUCCCGCUCUGAAGACCGACACCACCAAACAGCACGUGGAUGCUUUCUUCCAGAAAAUGGACAAGAACAGAGAUGGAGUCGUCACUCUUGAUGAGUUUAUCCUCUCCUGUCAAGAGGAUGAAAACAUCAUGCGAUCAUUGCAGCUCUUUGAGAAUGUGAUAUAGAGCCAGAGGAAGAGGAGGAUGAAGGGCGGAAAAGGGAAAUUAGUCAGAGAAAGAAACCAAUGAACUCUUGAAUCUGACCAGUUUUCUGUUAGA